AUAUUCGUACAAUGUCUGUUUUUACAGAUGAGAUUUAAACUCGCCGAUGUGCAUCUCGCGUAGCUUCCCUGAAAGACAAAAUGUAUGCUACGCAGAUUGUACUCACUAAUUCUCGAGAGCCAGGACCUAUACAAAAUAAUUUAUUGAAUGUCAGUGUUACAACUGAUAUUCUGGAUAUGGAUGUCUGGAUAGUUACCUUACUUGGAAUUAACUUAAGAAACUGGCAAGGCGAUCGUUUGAAUAUAUAAAUUCCCCCACUGGAUGCCCCAAAAAUUAUGCAGCUGUUGCAUAUGCUGAAACUUGUUAACUGAAAAUUGAACACAAUAAAAAAUACUGGCAUGAAAAA